UCCACACUUUCAGCUUCUCAUUCUUACAGAGUCUCGUAAGUCUUGAUCUCAGCAACAAUUUACUCUAUGGUACCAUUCCUUCCCAAUUGGGAAACCUUUCUAAGCUAAUAUACCUUGAUUUAUCUACCAACAAUCUCUCAGGUUCAAUUCCUACUUCUAUAGGGAACUUGAGCAACCUGAGUGUUUUAUGGCUCGCCAAUAACACACUUUCUGGACCCAUACCUGAAGAAAUUGGAAAGUUAGGAUUCCUUGGUAGUCUUGCUCUUUCCAUGAACAAUCUCUCUGGUCCAAUACCUGCUUCUAUAGGAAACUUGAGCAACUUGUCUACUCUUUAUCUAUGGGAGAACAGUCUUUGUGGAUCUAUCCCUUCUUCUAUAGGAAACUUGAGCAAUUUAGCCAGUUUAUCCCUUAGCGAAAACAAACUCUCUGGUCCAAUACCUGCUUCUAUAGGAAACUUGAGCAACUUGUUUGCUCUUUAUCUAUUGGAGAACAAUCUUUGUGGAUCUAUCCCUUCUUCUAUAGGAAACUUGAGCAAUUUAGCCCAUUUAAACCUUAACGACAACAAUCUCACUGGUUCAAUCCCUGCUUCAAUUGGGAACUUGACAAAGCUCACUGUAUUGUGGUUGCACAUAAAUAAAUUAUCUGGCUAUAUCCCACCAGAAAUAGCAAGGCUCAAACUUCUUACCUUUCUAGGGUUGCACAUGAAUGAACUUAAGGGCUCCAUCCCUUUUCAAUUUAAUAAUCUAACAUAUUUGGAGGUCUUGACAUUUUCUGAAAACAUGUUGUCUGGGUAUCUUCCACAAAAUAUUUGUAAUGGUGGAUCACUUCAAAACUUCUCAGCAUAUGGCAACUAUUUCAUAGGUUCCAUUCCAAAAAGUUUGAGAAACUGCACUAGUUUAAUAAAAGUGGACUUGCAUGGAAACCAUUUAGGAGGAAAUAUAUCAGAAGAUUUAGGCAUUUACCCGAAUUUGAUACAUAUUGAUUUGAGUUAUAAUAAUUUCUAUGGAGAACUUUCUCAAAAGUGGGGGAAGUGCCAAAGUUUGCAAAGCUUGAAACUCUCCAAUAACAGAAUUUCUGGUGUAAUUCCUCCUCAGCUUGGAGGAUCCAUCCAGCUACAUUUGCUUGAUCUCUCCCUCAAUCAUAUAGUCGGGCAGAUUCCAAAGGAAUUAGGAAGGUUGACGUCAUUGUUUCUACUUAAUUUGGGUGAUAAUAAACUUUCGGGUAGUAUUCCAUUGGAAAUUGGAAUGCUAUCCAAUCUACAAUAUCUUGUUCUCUCAGCCAACAAUUUAACUGGAUCAAUCCCUAAACAAAUAGAAGGGUGCUCAAGAUUGUUGAACUUAAGUUUAAGCAAAAAUAAACUUAGGGGGGCUAUUCCCUCUGAGAUUGGAAACUUAAACUCACUUGAAAUGCUCGAUUUAAGUGAGAAUUCACUUAUCGGGAAAAUACCACCUCAACUUGGAGAUAUGCAAAGGUUAGAAACAAUGAAUCUCUCCCACAAUGAUUUGUCUGGCUCCAUUCCCUCCACUUUUGGUGAAAUGUCUGGAAUGUCAAGCUUGAUCAGUGUUGAUAUAUCGUACAAUCGAUUGGAGGGUCCUCUUCCCAACAAUAAAGCCUUUUGUGAAGCUUCGUUUGGAGCAUUAAGAAAUAAUAGUGGUUUGAAGGCCUGCCCCUCUUCUAUUACCUGGAGCAAGAAUUAUGAUGAGAAAAGGAAAAAUAAAGUUGUAAUUUUCUUUAUUGUUCCUAUCUUAGGCACAAUGUUUCUAUCAUUGAUUGUAUUUGGGAUUCUUUACCAUGUUCUCAAGCGCCAAGGUAAGAGGAACAAGCUAAACAGUCUAAGAGAAGCUCAAAAUGGUAAUAUGUUCGAAGUUUGGAGCUAUGAUGGGAAAAUGGUUUAUGAAAGUAUCAUUGAAGCAACAGAGGGAUUUGACUCCAAACAUUGUGUUGGAGUGGGAGGGUGUGGAAGUGUUUAUAAAGCGGAGCUACAAACAGGUCAAGUUGUUGCUGUGAAAAAAUUUCAUUCAAUACAGGAUAAUAGGAUUGCCAAUGCAAAGGCUUUUGAAAAUGAAAUCCAUGCUCUGCUAGAAAUUAGGCAUCGCAACGUAGUAAAGCUUUAUGGCUUCUGCUCACAUCCACAACACUCAUUUUUAGUUUAUGAGUUUUUAGAAGGGGGAAGCUUGAAAGAGAUAUUGAGCAAUAAAAAAGAGGUAGUUAAUUUUGAAUGGGUCAAAAGGGUGAAUGUAGUAAAAGGCGUGGUUGAUGCUUUAUCCUACAUGCAUCAUGAUUGUUCACCUCCGAUAGUUCAUCGAGACAUAUCAAGCAAGAACAUCAUGUUGGAUUUGGAAUAUGAGGCUCACAUCUCGGAUUUUGGCACAGCUAAGUUUUUAAAUCCUGACUCAUUGAAUCGGACUUCAUUUGCCGGAACAUUUGGAUACACAGCUCCAGAACUUGCAUAUACGAUGGAAGUGAAUGAGAAAUGCGAUGUUUAUAGUUUUGGAGUGGUGACAUUGGAAGUGAUCAUGGGAAAGCAUCCAGGAGAUCUCAUCUCACUUCUCUCAUCAUCAUCGUCAUCAUCAGCAACAACUUCAACUGCCUGUGGUAUACUAUUGAAGGAUGUGUUGGAUCAACGACUUGAACCUCCUAGAAAUCGAGUCGCAAGGAUAGUGGUGUCUGUUGCAAAGCUUGCAUUUGCAUGCCUGGAAACUAAUCCUCAAUCUCGUCCGACCAUGCAGCAAAUUUCCCGGGAGCUAUCUAUCGAAAUAUCACCUCUGUCAGAGAUGUUUGGCGAGAUUACCUUGGGACAAUUGUUGGUGUGAUCAUGCUCAUGUGUAUUCCGCACCUUUUUUUUUUUUAUUGUACUGCAUUAGGAUGAGUCAUGCAAAUUAGAAUAUUGUUCGUUUGGAUCAAAUUUAUAAUAUAAUAAAAAUAUAUAUAAAAAAAAACUCUCAAUAUAUGUUGAGAUGAUUA